CCAGUUUGGGAUCCAAAGUGUGUUUGAAGAGUGAAUUCAAUCAUGUCAUCGUCGAAGUUGAUCAGACUGAUUCUCGUUCAGCACAAAGUCGGUGAUGUGAAGGAGGACAAUGUGGCGCGCGCUGUGAGCAUGGUCAAGAGCGCCGUGGCGAAGGAGAAGAAGUCCUCAGUACCGAUUCUCGUCGUACUGCCGGAGUGCUUCAACUCGCCGUACGGCGUAAAGUUCUUCGACAAGUACGCCGAAACCAUUCCCGAUGGUUACACCAGCAAGGCGCUCUCGGGACUGGCCAAGGAGCUGGGAAUUUACCUGGUGGCGGGAUCUUUCCCCGAGAGAGACGCCCAGAAUCCCAAGACGCUGUACAACGCUUGCACUGUGUGGAAUCCCAAAGGAGAGCUGAUCGCCAAGCACAGAAAAGUACAUCUCUUCGACGUGGACAUUCCCAAUGGCAUCACUUUCAAGGAGUCCGACGGAUUCACACCCGGAAAGCAGUUCACGAUUGUCGAUGUUGGACCGGCGAGGAUUGGAAUUGGCAUUUGCUAUGACAUUCAGUUCGAGGAAUUCGCCAGAAUCUAUCGCAAUGAGGGAUGCAAUCUCCUGAUUUACCCAGCUUCCUUCUCCCUGACCACUGGUCCGCUGUCCUGGGAACUGUACCAGAGAUCGCGCGCCAACGACACUCAGAGUUUCGUCACGAUGGUGUCCAAUGCCAGGGAUUACGCCAAUGAUUACGUCGCCUGGGGACACACGAUGCUCGUCGAUCCUUGGGGACAAGUGGUCAAGUCUUUGAACGAGGAUGAAGGCUUCAUCGCUACGGACGUUGAUUUCACAAUCUGCGACCAAGUUCGAGAACAAAUUCCGGUUAUUAAUCAACGUCGAACGGAUUUGUAUGACAUUGUGGUGAAAAUCCCCAUUAAAUAAGGCAUUUUGUGAAGAAAUAUUUUGACUAAUAAGAAGAGAAUUACAAUAAAAUUGAUAAACC